CCCAGUCCACUUUUUCUUUUCUUCUGCCUCUUCUUCUUUUCUGUUCCUUUAAUAUCCUCCUCUCUCUCUUCUUGUCCCUCUCUUGCGCCUUCCUUCCCUCUCCCCUUCUUGUCAUUCCUUGUGCUGUUUUGACUGGUUGCCUUUCAGCAGCCCCGACGAGAAAAACGAAAAAAAAGCAUCUGUAGUUUUCAGGGCUUUUUUUUUUUUUUUUUUUUUUUGGCGGCAACUUGUCUAGCGGACUGUUGUUGUUUGGUUGAAUAUACACUCGAUUUCCGUGUUUCGGCCUCACCAUUCACAAUGGCGCUCGAAUUCUUACAGAAUGUGCCCCGUCCGACGAUUGAUCGGCCGUUUGGCAUCCACCUCUGGCCCAUCUUCGACCAGGCGUUCGAGAAGGUCGUGGGCUAUCCCGCCAGCGAGUUCAAGUUUGUCGAGGGAGAGACUCCUAUGUCCGGCUUCCGGGAAACCGCCGCGAUGCUCGUGACCUACUACGUCGUGAUCUUCGGAGGCCGUAUGGUCAUGAAGAAUUUUCCUGCCCUCAAGCUCAACACCCUGUUCAUGAUCCACAACUUCUACUUGACUGCGAUCAGUGCGACUCUGCUGGCCCUUUUCAUUGAACAGCUUCUGCCCACCAUCUGGAGAAAUGGAAUCUUCUUCGCCAUUUGCGACCACGACGGUGGAUGGACCCAGCCCCUGAUUGUUCUAUACUAUCUCAACUACCUGACCAAGUACCUGGAACUCAUCGACACUGUCUUCCUGUUCCUCAAGAAGAAGCCUUUGACCUUCCUCCACACCUACCACCACGGUGCCACCGCUCUCCUCUGCUACACCCAGCUUAUCGGUUUGACCGCCGUCCAGUGGGUUCCUAUCACCAUUAACCUUCUGGUGCACGUGGUCAUGUACUGGUACUACUUCCAGAGCGCCCGUGGCAUCCGUAUCUGGUGGAAGGAGUGGAUCACCCGUCUCCAGAUCAUCCAGUUCGUGAUCGACCUUGGCUUUGUCUACUUUGCAUCCUACACCUAUUUCUCGUCCACCUACUUCCCCUCGGCACCCAACAUGGGCAAGUGCGCUGGAGAGGAGUUCGCUGCCUUCGCCGGAAUGGCCAUCCUGAGCUCCUACCUGUUCCUGUUCAUUUCCUUCUACAUCGCUACCUACAACAAGGCAGCCAAGACCGGCCGUCCCCGUCGCAACACUGGCAGACAGGCUGUGAUCGAUAUGGCCAAGAUGGAGGUCGUCCCUUCUGCCAACGGAAGCGCAGCCAACGGCAGCGCCAAGUCGAACGGAGCGGCAACCGCUUCUGGCCGCUCCAACGGCCCCGUCACCCGCUCCCGCAAGGCCUAAGUCCAUAUCCCUUUGGCAUUUUGGAAUGAUUUUGGCGCGACCUAUGGAGCGAUCCGCUUGGUAUAAUCAUACCGUCAGAGGGCCCACGGGAGGGCCUGCAGAAUCUCGUUCCAGGAGUUAUAUUCGCUUCGGUCCCGUUCGAGUUCUCAUGGGAUCUUUUGCCUAACCCUGGCGAAAGACACCACAAACGAGAUCCUUCUCGACUUGCAUCUUCAACCGUUUAAUCUGGUGCUCAAUGUUUUAUCUGUUUAAUGUAUGACCAUUAUGAUAUUGGUCGCCUUCACUUCGCGACCAUGAUGCACGUCAAUGU